AGCUGAUAUUAUGUAUAGUACUGGAUAUUUACCAGAUACUAGAUCAAUAAUUGUAGUCCAAAUGUGCAGUAGUCUGUCUUCUUGAUUCCCCUGAUUCUCAGUUAAGAUGGGUGAAGGCUACCAGCCAAUAGAAGAUAGUUAUGAGACGGAUGUCUCUCCUUCAUCAGGACAGGAAAAUGGAGUCUCCCACGAUUUCGAGAUGAAGAUGGAAGAACUUGACGAGGAAGGGAGGUUCAAGUUAUUUUCAAAGAUUACACUCUCUUGGAAGGAUGUCUCAGUCGCCGCUAAUCUUGCUCCUAGUCUAUUUGAACGGUGCAAGAAGACUGAUAAACCUACAUCUAAAGAGAUACUGAAAGGAGUAUCAGGCCUGGUAGAACCAGGUCAGUUUGUAGCGAUAAUGGGCGCUAGUGGGGCUGGCAAAACCACUCUCCUCAACACACUGGCUUGCAGGAACAGCAAAUCCAUCUCUACUUCAGGUACAAUAAAAAUAAACGGUAAAGAGAUUUCCCAAUCCAAGAUGAAGUUAGUAAGCGCGUACGUGCAGCAAGAAGACUACUUUAUAGGAACAAUGACAGUCAAGGAAGUAAUGAUGUUUCAUGCAAAUUUACGGAUGGAUCCUAAAAUUUCCGCCGAGGAGAAGCUGAAAAAAGUUGAAGAUAUUUUGGUGAUACUGGGGCUCACAAAAGCUCAAGAUACUUUAGUUGGAUUUCCUACCGGCAAAUUACGAGGCAUUUCAGGUGGAGAGAAAAAAAGAUUAUCUGUGGGAACGGAGCUUAUAAUGGACCCUCCCCUUCUCUUUAUAGACGAGCCUACAUCUGGGCUAGACUCUUUUAUGGCUGAGAACGUGGUCACAUUGAUUAGUAAACUUGCUAAAGCUAACAGGACGAUACUCUGCACUAUACACCAACCAGCUUCAGAGAUAUUUCAACUCUUCGACAGGAUAUGUCUGGUGUCGGAGGGAGAGAUAGCGUACAUGGGAGACACAGCUUCAGGACUAGAUACCUUCAGCUCGGCUGGAUAUCCCUGUAAAGAUAACUUUAAUCCAGCAGAUCACUUCGUGUUUACCCUGGCUAUACGCCCGGGCAGCGAGGAGACCUGUAGGGAGAGAUGUCAGCAUCUUAUAAAGCAUUACAAACACUCCCAGUUCUACAGCAGUAUGAGGGACAAACUAGACUCAUCUUCGGAUAACGCUCCUCUAGUUCUUAUCAAGGAUCUCAGCAAGGAACGUAUUCAGUCCUCUUUGUGGGUACAAGUAGUGGAGAACUUUAGAAGAAGUCUAACAGGGACAGUCAGGAAUCCUGCUUACAGCAAAGCUAGAGUCAUGCAGUCCAUAGUGAUCGGGUUACUGAUGGGACUGACCUUCCUGAACACACAAAAUGACCAAAAUGUAGCACAGAACAAGUCGGGAGCUCUGUUCAAUCUGAUAGUUUAUUUUACCUUUAACAGCAUCGCAACUCAAACCAUGUCAAUACCAGGCGAAUUGCCGGUGAUAAAAAGAGAGUACCAAAACGGGAUGUACUCAACUUUACCAUACUUCAUAUCCAAAAUAAUUUCUGAGUUACCAUUUGUGUUCGGGCUGCCAUUUGUUACCAUGGCAAUAUGUUACUUCAUGAUAGGAUUCAAGAAGACGUUUGUUGCGUUCUUGACCAAUGUAGCAGCGUACGGAGGGGUGUCGUGGGUGGGGACUGGCCUAGGCUGGCUGGUGGCUACUUGGACUGGAGACAGUAAUAUUGCUGGAGCUCUCAUAGCACCUCUUAUAAUGCCCUUCUUCCUUAUCGGGGGCUUCUAUCAAAACGACCAGUCGACGCCAGUCUUUUUGGAACCUAUUAAGUACGUUUCUUGGUUUCGUUACGGAUUCAGUAUGAUGAUGUCAAACGAAUUCAGUGACUCUCAAAUAAGUUGUGAUAGGGACCGGUGUGACUUUGUAAACGGCACUGACGUUUUGGAAAGGUUUUCUCUAAGCCCCGAGGAGGUGUGGUGGCCUAACAUGGUAGCCUUGGUAACGAUAGGAGGUGUCCUCUGCUUGCUCUCCUGGACCUGUCUGGUUUGCCGCGUCAGGAGAUAGAACACAGACUAGUAGUAAUUAGUAAACUAGUAGCUGAAAGUUGUAGUGCUACAGACUAGUAGUAGACUAGUAGCUGAGAGUUGUAGUGCUACAGACUAGUAGUAGACUAGUAGCUGAGAGUUGUAGUGCUACAGACUAGUAGUAGACUAGUAGCUGAGAGUUACUACAAAGUAGUGAGAUUAUUGCUACUAGAAGUGUAUUCCUAGUGUAUUACUAGUAGUAGUAUUAGCGCAUAGGUAUCAUCGGUACCUAUAUACCUAUAUACUAUAUACUACUUCUAUUUGUAGCAGCUAUAAUCCUAUCUGUCUGAACGGGAUACAAGGAGAGACUUAUUUAGAUGUACAAUAUACAUUAAAUGAACAUUAAAUGUACAUUAAAUGGAUUUGUUUCACUUACAUAUAUAUGUAUAAAAUUUGGAUAUGUAUAUAUUAUUCUAGGUAAACUAUAGGUAAAAAUAUAAUAUUAAUCAUAAGCUAAAAUGUACUAAUCUUUGUAUUCU